AAGAAAAGUAAUAAUAACAUUGUCUUUCUCUUUUAGAAAAAAUGGCUCUUCGUGGUAAAGAAAUUCUUCCUGGAGAGGUUUUACCUGUGGUGAUCAUCGGUAACGGCCCAUCAGGGAUAUGUCUGUCAUACCUGUUGUCAGGUUACACCCCCUACCCGUCACCCGAGGCAUCGCAUCCCAACCCCCUGCUGCACAGCAAGCUGGGAGAGCAGCCUCACCUGUCGCUGCCCGAGCAGGAUCUUGAGUACCUAUGCGAGGGGUUGGAGGGGCGAUCGUCCAAUCCCGUGGCCGUGCUCUUUGAUUCCCUGCUGCUCCCCAACAGCGACUUCGGACUUGAAUGCACCUCUCCGUUGGAAUGGAGAUACGAGCCGGAGCGGGCCAUCCCUCAUUUGGUGCUGGGGAAGGGUCCGCCCGGAGGAGCCUGGCAUGCUAUGGAGGGCUCCAUGCUAACGCUGAGCCUGGCUAACUGGAUGGAGCUUCCUGGACUCAAACUGAAGGACUGGAUACGAGAGAAACGCAGAAAUGUGCGAAAUGACCGUGCCACGCCAGCAGAGAUAGCCUCCUACUACCAACACUACGUUUCCCAGAUGUCCCUGGAGAACAGCUUUGCCUGUGGAACCACCGUCACCUCAGUAACCAGGCAGCCGGGCAACCAGGAGGGGUCGCCGCCCAGCUGGAGGGUGUUGGGACUGCAGCGCCAAGAAGGGGAAGAGCUGGCAGAUGGUUCCACUGUUUCAAAGGAGGUGCCUUUUUCCCUCUUGGCCCACAAUGUGGUGCUGGCAACGGGGACCUACGACAUCCCGGCCAGGCUCGGCGUGGAGGGCGAGUCCCUGCCCUUCGUCUGCCACUCUUUCUGGGCGUUGGAG